AUGCAGCUGUUUGUCCGCACGCAGGCUCUACACACCCUCAAGGUGACCAGGCAGGAGACCGUCGCCCAGAUCAAGGCCCAUGUGGCAUCCCUAGAGGGCAUCGCCCCCGAGGAUCAGGUCCUGCUUCUAGGUGGCUCCCCGCUGGAGGAUGAAGCCAUCUUGGGCCAGUGUGGGUUGGAGCCGCUGUCCACUCUGGAAGCGGCUGGCCGAAUGCUAGGAGGUAAAGUCCAUGCCUCUCUGGCCUGAGCUGGAAAAGU